AUGGACCCUCCACCGUUGCCGCCGCUAACAUCUCGAGUAUUUGUUACCGUUGGUACGACUAGGUUCGACUCUCUUGUACAGCGUGUCUGCCAAAGGAGUUUCCUCGACCUCUUGCACAAUAAGCUUGGCACCACGAAGGUGCUCAUCCAAUACGGUAACGCUUCCAUUGAUACUCUCAAGAUAUUAGAGGAAGCCUCGAAAGUUGGUAGAGUAUCUAUGAUGAUAUCCAACAAGCUGACCUGGUCAUUAGUCAUGCAGGAGCCGGUAGUAUCAUGGAAACCUUGA